AUGGCCGCCAACCUGAGCUUCGUCUCGCCCACGGCAGAUGCCAAAGCCGCCCAAAUCCUGCAGGAUUUCAACACCUCCGGCCUGCUUUCGUCUGUCCUGAAUGGCUUCACCGUCUGGAAGCUGGUCUUGACGCUAAUUGUGACCGCUGUCGCAUACGACCAGUUCAAGUACAUUUGGAACAAGGGCUCCAUUGUUGGCCCUUCAUGGAAGAUUCCCUUCAUCGGUCCCUUCCUUGAGUCGGUCAACCCAGACUUCAACAAGUAUCAUGAAAAAUGGUCGUCGGGCCCGCUGAGCUGCGUCUCGGUAUUCCACAAGUUCGUCGUCAUUGCCUCAACCCGCGACAUGGCCCGCAAGAUCUUCAAUUCGCCAACUUUUGUCAAGCCUUGCGUCGUUGAUGUCGCCUACAAGCUCUUGCGCCCCGAAAACUGGGUUUUCCUCGAUGGCCGCGCCCAUGUCGACUACCGCAAGGGCCUCAACAGCCUCUUCACUCGCCAGGCGCUUGAACAGUACCUUCCCGGCCAAGAGGACAUCUACAACAGAUACUUCAAGCAAUUCGUCCAUCUUUCCCAGGUCGAGAACAAGGGCAAGCACGUGCCCUGGAUGCAGGAAUUCCGCCUGAUGAUCACGGCCCUGAGCUGCCGCACCUUUGUUGGCCACUACUGCUCCGACGAGGCUGUCAAGAAGAUUGCCGACGACUACUAUCUGAUUACCGCCGCGCUUGAGCUUGUCAACUUCCCAAUCAUCAUUCCCUUUACCAAGACAUGGUACGGCAAGAAGUGCGCCGACAUGGUUCUCGAAGAGUUCUCCAAAUGCGCCGCAAAGAGCAAGGUCCGCAUGGCUGCUGGAGGCAAGAAAGAGUGCAUUCUUGACUUUUGGGUCGACAACAUGAUUCAGUCCGAAAAGUACCGCAAGAGGGUCGAGGCAGGUGAAAAGGUCGAUGACUCUGAGAAGCCCGCUACCGUAAUUCGCUGGUUCAGCGACAUUGAAAUCUCCAUGACCAUCUUCACGUUCCUCUUCGCCUCGCAGGACGCCACCUCCUCUGCCGCCACAUGGCUGUUCCAGAUCAUGGCCGACCGACCCGAGUACCUUGACAAGAUCCGUGAGGAGAACAUCAAGGCCAGGAACGGCAAUGUUCACGCCUCGCUUUCCCUUGACGCCAUUGAAAAGCUCCAAUGGACUCGCGCCGUUGUCAAGGAGACCCUUCGCUACCGUCCCCCAGUCAUCAUGGUCCCCUACCUUGCCAAGAAGGAUUUCCCCGUGACUCCAGAGUACACUGUGCCCAAAGGCUCCAUGGUCAUCCCUACCACCUACAUGGCCCUCCACGAUCCCGAAGCUUACCCUAAUCCCGAGUCAUUCCAGCCUGAACGAUGGAUCACUGGUGAUGCUGAUCAGCAAACCAAAAACUGGCUCGUUUUUGGCACAGGCCCUCACUACUGCCUGGGACAGACAUAUGCGCAAGCCAACCUCAUGUUGAUGAUUGGCAAAGCCAGCAUGUUGCUUGACUGGGACCACAAGGUCACUGACCAGAGCGAGGUCAUCAAGGUUUUUGCCACCAUUUUCCCCAUGGAUGACUGCCUUCUUACAUUCAAGGACCGAGUAACGGCAUAG